GCUAGUUUGGGUGCACAAAAAAGCAGGUUUGAAAAUCCAGCGCCAAAGCUCAGUGGAUAUUAGCCUAAAAAAGGUACAGCAAUGAACUACCUGGCUUUUACAACUUUCUGGCUCUUGGUGUCGCAAACGACGGCUGAUCGGCGUUGCGACGGUCCCAGUGAGUGUCCGAAUAGCGGUGUGGACUGGUCACGGCUCUGGUAUGUCUGGCUGAUUCUCAUGGUGGUGUCGGCGAUGCUCGUGUGCGGGGUCAUCGCCAGCUGCGUGCGGUGCUGCUGCAGGACGAGGAAGCCCCCAUCGCCCACCUUCGCCGGACACCCCUUUGAAGUCACUGUCGUCUCCGUGGAGAACGAGAACACCACACAAAGCAUAAGCACCGUAUCGUCCUACAGCGUGAUACCCCACCGCCCGGGCAGCCUCCUGCCCCUGCCCUUCCGGCCGGAGGCUGGCACCAGCACCUCCCCUCCUCCUUACAACCUCUACGCCCUGGAGAUCGCGCCCCCGGCCUACGAAGAGGCCUUGAAGAUGCCUUUCGACCUGUACGCGGCCCCCCACGGGAACAGGAAGCAGGGGGGCCCGGCGGGCGAGGGGUCCCCCGCGGAGCGCCCCCUCUCCGAGCGGGACAUGAACCGGAGGAACCUGGGGCAGCCGCCUGCGGGCGGCGCGGCCGAGGAGGAGCCUCCCCAGUACGAGCGCUACGACCCCAUCGCGGAGCGGGCCGAGGAGGACUUCAGCGACGUGGACCUGGGCGAGCGGGACUCGGCUGGCUGUCACCAGGAGGAGCCGGGGAACUCCAGGGAAACCGAGCAAAGCUCGUGAGGACUUCUUUUUGUGCCACCAUCGCUUCGAAAGGCUGCUCCGAGGUCGCUGAAUUCGUUGGGUGACGCCACCUUAAAGAUGGGAUUAAACAGGGCUGAAUUGCAACAAAGGCUUUUUCACAACUCUCCUUCGUGUUCGGUGCUACUUCAUGCUUGAUGUACGAAGGUGUUGCUUUUGACAGUUGUUUGGAACUUGGAUGAAGAGACAUUUGCUUGGCUUCAGUAAAAAAAAAAAGAGAAAAGCUGAAGAGACCCUGGUUUUACCCGAGAGCACCAUGUAUGAACAGGCAUUGCUCCACGAAUGACAGAUGGGAAUUCCUCUGCCCUCCAAGCCUGGGACAGGUCAUGAAAAGAAUUGCCACUCUGGGGGGGGUUGGGUUAUAGGGACCUUGCUACAGUAUGCAGAGAUGACCUAUGGCACAAACUCCUUUUUGUGUUAAAUGCAGUGUUUUGCAAGGGUGUGGUCUCCAGCUGUCCUUGGCACCCAAGGGGAUAGAGGCCCAGUAACCUCCCAUAUCCCUGCACGCUGACGCCAUGGAGACAGGCACCAACAAACAGCACAGAUGGAGCCGAGUCAGCAGAAUUCAGACUGUUACAAGGACUCCCACUUGCUUUGACCAAGAUUUGCAUUUGACAGCAUGUUGCUGCAGACAUAGUCAUUACAAAGUAAUGGAAAAUAUCCAAUAAUUACCUUUUAUACAGGUGAAGCAAAAAGCUCGAUUUCAGAGCAAAGAAACCAGUUUUUUUGUUUUGAAUGUGAGUGUUGCACCACAAAGAUGAAAACCGGUAUUUGAGCUUUAGAUUCAUUUUUAUAGAUAAUGAUCAGUUCCAGUUGAUGGAAAUCUUUAGUCUGACAGAUUUAUACAAAUUUCACAAGUGUGGAGGAAAUUGCAUUUCAUGGGCACAGGUAAAUCAAACCCUGUAUUUUAUGUUCUAAUGACUUGGAUGGCAGUGUAUUUAAUCGGUCUCCAUGCUUUGGCCAAAAGUGAGUUAUUUCUAGUGCCUCUGUUAACAAUUAUAUACUUUUUUGUAUUAAAAACAUACAAAAGGUAUUGUCAGUUUUUGAUAUGAUUGUAAUAGUCCCGUUCGUGCUGCUUUUUUUAAUUUUAUAGUUUACAAUGGUUUUAAUUAUAAAUGUUUUCAGACCGUCUCAGAAUCUUUCUUGGACAAAGUGUUAUACAUAAUAAAAUGACUACAAACAGG